UGGAGCGCUACACGCACAAGGGGAGGAGCUGGCAGCGGGGUUGCACCGUCCUCAUUGGGAUGCGGGGCUCCGGGAGCAGCGCCCCGCGCCCGGAGCUGCGGGGUAUUGCGGGGCGGGCGUUAGGACCCGGCGGCCGCGGGGCGGAGAGGCCGCAUCCCUCCCGCUGUCUCUGCAGCUUUAUUCCUCGGCUCCCUCCAUGGUGACCGCAGCUCGGAGGCCGCGUUAGGACCGCAUCGAUGGCAUCCCCCAGGACCAUCACCAUCGUCGCCCUUUCGGUGGCCCUGGGGCUCUUCUUUGUCUUCAUGGGGACCAUCAAGCUGACCCCGCGGCUCAGCAGGGAUGCCUACAACGAGAUGAAACGAGCCUACAAGAGCUACGUGCGGGCCCUCCCCAUGCUGAAGAAGAUGGGAGUCAGCUCCAUCCUUCUCCGCAAGAGCAUCGGAGCCCUAGAAGUGGCGUGUGGCAUUGUCAUGACACUGGUACCUGGCCGCCCCAAAGACGUGGCCAACUUUCUGCUCCUCCUCCUCGUGCUGGCUGUGCUCUUCUUCCACCAGCUAGUGGGGGACCCACUCAAGCGUUAUGCCCAUGCUCUGGUCUUUGGGAUCCUGCUCACCUGCCGCCUGCUGAUUGCCCGCCAGCCCGAGGAGCAGCCACCAGAAAAGAGGAUGCUGUCGGUGAAUGGGGAUGAGCAGCCGCUCCUCCACGAGGCGGCUCCUGAGAAAGGCAAAGUGAAGGUAUCUUAGUGGAGUGAGUCUGAGGAAUACGGACCCUCGAGGCAGCUCUCUCCAAAAGCACCCAGAAAAAAUUGGUUUGGUUUUGGUUUUGUUUUUUUAAUUUACCUAUUUAUAUAUUUUCAGCUGUCUAAAUAAAGUUUCACUUGGGGUCUGAGAGAUCUAUGGUAUGUCUACAGCAUAGUCUUGCUUUGCUGCUGGUCUGUAAUGUAGGAAGAUACAAGCUGGCUUUGAGCAGGACAGUUUGCAGGCAGUUAGCACCUGGCUGGAGGAGCACUGGCCUCAGCAGGAGCUGCAAAACCAGAGUGUGGGCAAAGACUUGGGCAGUUCAUCAUGCUAGGUUGGCACUCCUGAGGUGGGGGUUCAUCCCUGAGCGUAAGACCUGAGAUCCUCAGCAGUGUAAACUUGGCCUGGAUGCAAUUCUGCUUUAUUGCAGCCUCAGCUGCAGGUUAGAACACAACCAUUGCCCUGCGCUGGCUCGUGCAGCCCACCCCAUAGAGUCACCCCAGGCACAAACAUACAUUUUCUUUGAUGUAGUCAGGCAGGGAAUGGACCCGACUAAGCAUUCUUGUGUUUGAGGGAGGUGUCCCAUAGCCUUUGCUGCCUGUGACCAGUUUGUUAUGUGGUUCAGUGAUGCAGGGAAAACGUGAUGCACUGCUUACAUCUUCUCAGAUUUCCGUGCUUUGCAGAGGCUUUAGAACAGGGGCAGUGGCCUCUUAGCAGUAACUUUUUCCCUAUUUAACAUGAAGCAGUGGUAUCUCUUUACCUCCCAACUGAGGAUAAGGAUCCCCGCUGUGGGGAUGGGAAGCAGAACUGCCUAAGGAGUUGCUUUUAUCCAGUACCAUAUUCCAAAAUCUCUUGCUGUUGGCAAAAAGCAUCAGACUCUCCCUUUCAAGAAAAAAAGAGAAAGAAAAAGAAAUACUUUUCCCCCAGGCUUGUUGGAAUCCAUGGUUACUGCUAAUGAAUGAGGGUCUGAAUAUGUCUGGGUGUGACACCGUGCAUCCCAUACACAGCUUCAGUGGGAAGGAGCCACUGAGGGGUGUCCUCUCACAAGGCCCCGAAUCCCUGUAUGUCAAACAAGAAGUGUGUUUUACCUCCGAGUUCUGUUUGCUUCUGUCAAUGUUUGUCUGGGUUUUCCCUUAUACGUUACUGAUGAAAAUAAACUGGUUUGGUUUGGUUU